GGAGUCAGUCCAGUACCUAGUUAGUAGGUACCUAGUAGGUUGAGUAGUCGAUCAGCAUGGACUUUCAUCCAGCGUGUUUCGUUUCGAGAGCAGCUAUUUGAAGGUGUAUAGGGCGAAAUUGCGCUGCCGAUGCUGGUGCAUAAAUUGGACAUUCGGAUCUUCAGGCCUGAGCGGACCGAAACCAAACAUCUUGGAGCGUGUCCAUGUUUGUUGUUGUUCGUCGUUCGUUCGCUCGACUGUGCGGGAGGAUGAUUACGUCAAUAUAAUAGCGCUCUAAUCGGCUCUUAAAUUUUUGUGCUGCUGCUGUUGCUGUUAAUAGAGAGUGUGAUGUGUAAAUUACGCAGUGAGCAGCUACUAGGGGGUGGGCAGAGCUCGGUACUGGAACACUAUCCGGCCGCCCCGUUGCGGUAGAUGAUGGUUUUUGCAACUGCAGAGCAACAACAACUACUAAGGUGGACUAAAGCGAGAGUAUGCACAUUUCUAUACGGACAGUUGCGCCCAUAUACGAAUGCAAGUGAGAAAAAAUAAUAAGCAUUUACAAGAGCGCGAGUUUUUCUGUGGUGUAUGAGUUUCAUUCUGAUUUGUGUGCAGGUAUUGAACCAAAGGGAAAGAAAGAAAGCGACCGUACCUCAGCUAGCAGCAGCAGCAGAGAGUCCUCAGUCAGUCAGAGUUGCAUAAACACAUCAGAGAAAGAACAAAAAAACCACCCAUUGCGAGGAGCAAAGAACGAAACGGAUUAUUGUACCCUCCUGUGCGAAGCUGUCGGGUUCAAGGAUAGAUCUAGCACCAGUUCUGUCAUCACAAAGCGCUCAGCUGCUUCCGAUCUAGUGCGUUUGUUUUUUUUUGGUUCAACAGAGAGUGGGGGUGGUAGAAUCGAAAAGAUACCUUCUAACCCGAAAGUGCUCCGCGUCGUGUCUUAUUGGAACACAAUUUCCGAUUGCGACUCAGCAGGAGGCAAAGUUCGAGGAAGAAUGUUUCCCAUUCUCCGUCCCUUGCUGUUGUCAUCGUCUUCAUUACCUCGUUGUUGGUCUGAGUCGUCGUCGUAAAUGUCUCAGAAGCAUUUGUUGUCUACUCGACCAGUACCGAUUGAGCAGCAGCAACGACGAAGAACGAUAUCGAUAUCGUUACCAGAAGGGCUACAAACAUCGUCGUCAGUACGACGAGAACCAGGUGCUGGUGGUGGCCUUCGUGCGGAGCAGACCACCAGAACGGCUUCCGUACGGCAGCGAAGUGGCAUUGCCGCUAUAAUCAGCAGCAUCAACAACGCGAGUUGAACGAGUGGGUUUAGGAACAAAUUAUCUAGAGAGAUGGCAGACUUCGAUGCCAUCUACGAGGAGCAGGAACUGGCGGAACCGGAAGAGCUGGACAACGAGGCCCACGUUCAGCUGGUGACAGAUCCAAUUGUGAUACGAGGAGCAGGAAAUAUGACAGUUUUCGGUUUGAGCAAUCGGUUCAACGCACAGUUCCCAGCCGGUCUGGUGUCCCGCGUUGCGCCCGAGGAGUUCAAAGCCACCAUCCUGCGGAUAAAUGCGGUCCUCAAGAAGACGCUUCCGGUCAACGUGAAGUGGCUGUUCUGCGGCUGCGUCUGCUGCUGCUGCACCCUCGGAUGUUCCCUAUGGCCUGUGAUAUGUUUAAGUAAGAGGACCCAGCACACGAUGAACAAACUGUUGGAGUGGGAAAAUAGUCAUCUGUACCACAAGCUCGGACUGCACUGGCGGCUUAGCAAGCAACAGUGCGAUUCAAACUCAAUGAUGGAAUACGUACUGCUGAUAGAGUUUAUACCGAAAACUCCGAUCUAUCGGCCGGAUUAAGUUUUUCCUUCGUGGGAGGAAACCACCAUCAACACUAACUAAUAUUAACUUUAGAUUUUUCCUUGAUUUCGUACCGCUAUUGAUUGUCCGGACUGGGCGUCAUUCCGGA